AUGGUCGUCCUCGCAGCUUCGAUUUGCACCCGUGGAGGGAAAGCUGUCCUCUCGAGGCAGUUUCGUGACAUGCCUCGAUCGAGAAUAGAGGCGCUCCUGGCAUCCCUCCCCAAGCUUGCCGACAGCGGAACACAGCAUACGACUGUUGAACAGGACAAUGUACGAUUCGUUUACCAACCGCUGGACGAGCUCUACAUGGUGCUCAUUACCAACCGCCAAUCCAACAUCUUGCAAGACAUCGAUUCGCUCCACCUGUUUGCCCAAGUCGUGGCCAGCGCCUGCCGAACCCUGGAUGAGAGGGAGAUUCUUCGAAAUGCAUAUGAACUGCUUAGCGCCUUUGAUGAGAUUGUUACCCUCGGCUAUCGCGAAAACCUGACCGUCAGCCAGAUCAGGACGUUCCUCGAGAUGGAGAGUCAUGAGGAGCGCGUCCAGGAAAUCAUUGCCAGGAACAAAGAGCUCGAGGCUACCGAAGAGCGCAAGCGCAAGGCCAAGCAGCUCGAGAUGCAGCGCAAAGAUGCAGCUCGCCUUGGCGCCUCCCGUUCCAGUGUCCCGCGUACGCCCACGUACCAGUCAUACCAAUCCCCUUCAUCGAAUGCCGCCAACUCCUACGACUCGUACGAAGCCGAGAAGAAUAAGACAUAUACAAAGGCGUCCGCACCCAAAGGAAAGGGUAUGCAGCUUGGAAAGAAGUCCAAAACUACUGACAUGUUUGAGCGCGUACGCGGUGAUAUGGGUGGUGAGAUUGAUGAUACGCCCCUGGUGGCACCUUCAGCUUCUACCGCUGCUCCACCGCCCGAGCCUCGUAUCUCUUCUACCAUGGACCGCGACGCUAUUCACGUCACCGUCUCUGAGACUAUCAAUGCUACCCUGUCCCGUGAGGGUGCUGUUCAGUCCCUUGCUGUCACCGGUGACUUGACAUUGCGAGUUUCAGAUGCCAGCAUGACCAAAAUCAAGCUGGCUCUGCAGGCUGUGCCGUCUCAUGGCGCCCAGUUCCGCACACACCCCAACGUCGACCGCAACAUUUUCAACAACUCCAAGGUUAUUCAGAUGAGCAACACGGCGCGUGGAUUUCCUGUCAAUAACGCAGUUGGUGUUUUGCGCUGGAGAGCCACACCCAAGACCGACGACCCUUCGACCUGCCCCAUUACCUUCACAGUCUGGAUCAACAAGGAUUCAUCCAAGUAUAAUAUCACUGUCGAAUAUGAGCUCACUGGCGGUGAACCUCUUCGUGAUGUUAGCGUUGUCAUUCCAUACCAGGGUAGUGAGCCUGUGGUCUCUAGCUUUGACGCCUCUUAUGAAGUCGCUGGCGACAUGCUGGAGUGGAACAUUGGCAGCGUUGACGAUGAGAACCCCAAUGGUGCUUUCGAAUUCGAGGCUGAGACUGCUGAUGAGAACGACUUUUUCCCCAUGAAUGUCAGAUUCAGCAAGACUACUCCAUAUGUCGAUGUUGAUGUUUCCUCUGUUUCUUUAAUUGAAGAAGACGAGGAGGUGACAUUCUCCAAGGAAAUCAAAUCCAACGCAGACAACUUCACUAUCGAAUAG